AUGCAGAAUCAACAUGACAGGCAUGUCUACCUGUUGGUAGAUACAGUGAACCGACCCAUUACCCAGUACAACAACCCGGAACUGGUGGUCCCUAAAGGUGGGUCUUACCGACAGCCCAGUAAUUCCCUGGGUGUGGAUAAAGACUCAGAGAAACCCAUUGGAAACUGGGAUAACAAUCAGAACAUUACAGAAACAUUACCUCAAGCUAUAGGAUGGUGGUCAAAAUCUUGGACAUCUUCAGAGAGGAGGAAUGUUUCAGGCCAGAGUGCACUCCUCCUGUUUACCAAAGCCCUCAUCCCAGUUACCAAGACCAACAUCUGGUUCCAGAGGGGAUCAAUUAGAGCAUCAGCAGACCACAGGUCUUCAGAUGAUGUCUACACCAGUUGUCUUUACGCCCAGGGCAACUGGCGCAUUCUGCAGCAGAGGCCCAGCAGCAGUUCCAGAGUGACCAGCAGUAGCAGUGUCAGCCAAGCCCAGGGGAGGCCAGAAGACAGUGCUCUGGGUAGACAAGAGAACAGCCCAGGGAGGGGGGUUGCAAGGCCCAGAGUCAGGGACAGACCAGUUCCUGCAUCCGAGGGAGGUGGGGGGCGCAGAGGCCCUCGACAUGGAGCUCCGGUUAGAAACAGAACAGAAUGUCCCAGAGUGCCUUGCAACGCCAAACAUGAAAACAGUUAUGGACAGCAGCAGGACAGAUGGCCGUGGAGGCCUUUCUCCAGAUCGCCGACACUGCGUCUAUAUCUGCCCCUCGACAUCAUUCUGUGAGGACGAAGAUGAAGACUUAGGAAAGGAGAGUGUGAGACCUACAGUGGAAAUCAUCAUUCUACCAGAAGAAAUCAUCAGAAUACCAACACGUUCAGAACAUGACUACACAGAACCAUACCGAAAAUGCCAGUCUUCAAGAGGAUUCUAAAGAAACCAUCCAAAUAUGGACAUCUAGAUCACAGCCUACUGUACAGUGCCCCCCACUGAAUGUAAUCAACCCACGGGUCCCUACAGGAGGCAUUACGGAUGCCCCUUCCCAUUGCAGGGUUCAGGACAGAACACAUCCCAGAACAACUGGCCUCAUGGCCCCAAAGCAGAGAGCAUAUGCUUGUGACAUAGGAAAGGAACAGAAAUCCAUCACUCUCCAGAUAAUGCCUGCAGCUGUUCAUAAACUGAGAGGCCCUACAUCUGUUAGGCAGCAAGUGGAUGGACUGCCCAAAAUAAAAACCACCAAGACAUUUGUUUGGGGCCACUAUGGACCCCUGGAGAUUAAGAGUGUGUCUGUUCUGCAAAGCCAUAUUAGCAGA